AGGCGCGAACCACAGAACUCAGGGCCCGUGUAGUGGGUAAGAGCUGAGCGAUGUGCAUGUAUACUAAAUGUUUUCAGUGUCAGUGCAGAGGAGACAGAUAGUUGAGACAGUUUGACCUUACUGUAUAGAUAUGUACAUAAAUAUAUAAACUUACAAAUCUACAUACACACAUGUAUAUAUAUAUAUAAAUUUGUUCUAGAGCGAGCAUUAACCAGGGUGAAAUUUAGCUGUGUAUCCAUGCGUGUUUAGUAAUCUAUUCUGCAUCUCAGAACAAAUUAAGAAGUAAUAAUAAUUACUAACAACAUCAACCAGUGUAUACUUUUUUCAUGAUGGACAUUCUACCGAGUGGAAAUAUUUUCAGAGAACUACAGACAGUCCAUGAUACUGGCUUCUUCUCUUCUCAGCUGUCCCUUGAGGACAUGUGGCAACAGACUAAUUUGGAAAUGGAACGUUACCUCAGAGACGAACCUAGAAUACACAAAUGUAGACAGCUACCAAAGUCUGUUAAAAACCUUUUUUCACUUUCAACUGACAGAGAAUUGUCUUCACGUGAAUCCAUCUGCGAUGAGCGAGGAUUAGGCCCAAAUGGAUCUCUAUUAAGUUUUAGUUCUACCACAGGAAGUGGAAAUUGUAGCAACGAUAGUGAAAAUAGUAGUGGAGGAGAAGAUAGGCUCAGUGUUUCAGAUCUUGACUUGAGUGAUCAUAAUGGCGAUAGUGUGACACAUAGCGCCCUCAGGAGGAAAUCAGUUGAAACUAGCGUGACCACAGUAAAGGAUUUCAAGAAUAAUUAUCAUUCAUCACCACCAGGUGGAGGAAGUAUUUCAGUAAACUUUCUAACAAAAUUAGGUAAAUCCCCUCUUUCGCCUCCGUGCUCACCAGAGGAUGCGAUCAAGCGUCCUUCAAUUCAAGACGUAGAUAUCAGUGCUUCUUUACAAGUUGCUGUGACCACAAAGACUUUCAUUCCGCAGGAUCUGUCAUCGACAUUAGGUCCACGGAUGUUAGCAACUCUAACAGCGUCAGAUAAUUUGAUUGAUUCUCGUUGCCACAUUGAGUUGGUGCCAGAUAAUAAGAGAAGAAUCCAUAAGUGCCAAUUUAAUGGAUGUAAAAAAGUGUACACUAAGUCAUCUCACCUCAAAGCUCAUCAAAGAACUCAUACAGGUGAGAAACCCUACAAAUGUACCUGGGACGGCUGUGAAUGGCGGUUUGCUCGAUCAGACGAACUGACUCGUCAUUAUCGAAAACACACGGGAUGCAAACCUUUCAAGUGUAACCAUUGCGAACGGUGCUUUUCUCGGUCAGACCACCUAGCUCUACACCUAAAGAAGCACCAGUAGCAGAGGCUUCCAUAAAAAAUAAACCAAAUAUUUUGUUUUUUUAAUAACAGCGCCCUCUUCCAGUUCACGUGAACACCAAACGUAACAUUGUAAAAAUUCUAUUUUAGCCACUCUUUACUUUCUUACCUCAACUCUCUUAAAAGAUAUAAAAAGGUAAAAUUCGAUAAUUGUAAUUAGAUGAAUCAAUGGAAGGAUUAAAGUUUCAUCAUUAAAGGUAAUACUGUGUAAAAUGAGUAAUAAAAAUCUCUAAUUCCAGAAACAAUAGAAAAAAAUUACGCGUUUAAACUUUGCAGCAGUAAGAUCUUUGUGGUACUUUUGUUAUGAAAUUUGUGCUAGUUAAUUUUUAUUGCAACUAAAACAAUUUGUUCGCUAUUAGAUCCUACGCUAAUGGUUUUGUUAGAAUAUCUAUUUUUGAAAUGUUGGAUGAUAAUUUGAUAAGUAACAAUUUCAAUAUACCUACAUAUAUACCAUAAUAGUUCUACUUCAUAUUAGUCAUUAUGUGAUUCUUUUUUUACAUUUGGUUUCAGGAACUUCAGUAUUUCAAAGAAAACAUAAUUUAUUCCAAAUUAAUAUAUUAAAUACGGAUACUACAUAUGAGUGUACUCAUUUUUUUGUACUGUGAAAGUAACUUUAAAAUAUACAGUCAUGCUCAUCAAGUGAUACAGUGAGGCGAGACUUCUACCUGCCAGUCAGUGGAUGAAGUGGAUCUGCUUAUCAUAUUGUUCUACCUGCUUAUCAUAUUGUUUGCAUAUGAAUCCUCAGAAAUAUGUAGUAUUUGGAUUUCUGUUUC